UUUCUUGUUUUUUUUUCUUAUGUUUUGCGCAUUUUAUUUUGCCGCCAAUAUAUAAUGAAUGUAUCUACAUCGUCGUUUAAUAACUCAUUUCAAGAAGAGGACGAAAUGCGCCUUGGCUAUGACCAUGAGCACAUUAAAACUUUCCUAAGCAAAUCGUCUAUAAACCACCUGUUUCCCUACGCAAAUGACACCACAGACGCCAAGCAGUUACUGAACCGCCUUGUGGUCACCUUAUCGGGGAAGUUCGAGCUGAAUCUGGAGAAUCUCCUAGAUCUGUUUACCCUGUCUAUUAUGAUGAUGACGUACCAAAGGGACAACCUACUGCUGAUGAAGGAGCGAUUUAUGCUGGUGGAUGUGGUCUGCCAUCUGGCGGGCUCACUGGAUUCGGAAGAGAUGAACUACAUGGCCACUGGUUUAUACGGCAACUUGGUGACUGGCGUGGGAUCGGAGCGUUUGGAACGGGUCCUGGACAUGCAGACCGCCAUUCCCGCCUUGGUGGAAUCCUGCAGCCUGGGCAACAAUAUUGCCGUGGCUCUACUGCUCACCAUCAUGGCUCAAUACACGAGAGUACCUGUUCAAUUGGAUAGAAAGGAAUAUGCCCGCAAGGCUUUCGAAAUGGCCAAACUGAUCAACUGGCAGCAGUUGGCGGACAGUGGACGUCAAGCGGAUAUGUUCAUGCUAGUUCGGACGUUCAGCCUGAUCAUUAAUUGUCGCAGGAUACGUGAGGAGUGUCUGGAUUGGACGAAUAACCUGGGCGCCGAGAUACACAAAUACUUCCUUCAAGUCCGCAAGGCAUUCGAUCACACGGCAGCCUUUGGCUCCUUUGAAAUGAUGAUUGAGCGUUUUAUUGCUUACUGCGUGGUUCGCGGAGCCACAACAACACCUCAACUUUGCAACUACAAGAUUUCGGAGCUUACGAAUUCAGAGUCUCAAAAUAUGUUUGAUGAAGUGUGAUGAUAAUGUUAAGAUUCCUACAUUGGUUAAUGACCAUAUACUUUUAAGAUAAGCAUGAAGAUUU